CAUCUCCAUGGAAACCAUCCUCCCGGGCAGUGGCCAGAGGGUUUACUGUGUGGUGAAAGAAAGCUAGAAAGAUGCCAUGAAGUGCUUUGUGGAGCUGAGGUAAAAUUCUGACAUACCUUAAUGAGGACGAGCUCAGUUCAAGGCCCCAAACCACUUCCCUCAUGGUUGUGCUUUGAAUGUUGUUAGCGUGAAAUGGGCCUGAGCCACUCUAAGGCUCACCCUCGGGUGACCAAAGUAGCUCCCUUGCAAGACAAAGAGGAAGAGGCUCCCUCUGCCAGCCCCGUGGACUUGGCGCUCAAUCAGAAUCUGGAAGAAAAGAGUUCCUACCUGUUCGCAAGGCUGCAGGACCCAAAGAAAGCUCUAGAAUGGCAGCUGCCACCUCUCCGGGAGACCUGGUGUGGAAGAUAUUCCGCAGUACCCAGGGCCAUGUAUUUUGACAUUCCACUGGAACACGGAGAAACAAGUAUUAUUAAAAGGCAUCCACCCCGAAGACUUCAAAGGCUUGAACCCAUUGACCUGCCACAAGUAAUUACUUCUGAAACGCUCCUGAGCCAGCAUGAAGCCAGAACAACUCACAAAGCAAAGCAGGAACUGGAAAAGAAGAUUCAAACUCCAGGGUUCAACCCCAGGAAGAGGCAAUAUUUACAUAAGAUGCGAAUGCUGGAAAUGAACCGUGACAGACAAGAGAAGAAAAGUCUUCCCAGGGAGGCAAGAAGUAAUAAGCAAAAACCAAGGGACCAUAAAGCCAAGAAAAUCCUUCAAAGCGUCCCAAGAAAUGAUGACAGGAACCUUCCAACCUUGUUGCCGGAUGAAACCUUAAACAGAAGAAGUCCAGGAAAUUCCCAGAAUGAAGAUUUGGGAGAACACCAAGCAAGGAAUGACUGUUGUCCCCAGAAAAUUGGCAAAAUGGAAAUGUGGUUCCGUGAACAAGAGGCACGGGGCCAGCUUCUCUGGGACAGUUCUAGCUCUGACUCAGAGGAGUUGAGAAAAAGCGAGAAGAAACCACAAGCACUGGUGAGGACCAGGACAGAAAGAAUCCCACUUUUUGAUGAGUUCUUUGAUUGAGAAUAAAAAUGCUAUUCACCAGCCUAGAAACUGAGUGCACUGAAAGCUUGCAACCCUGUAAAAGCUCUUCAGGUUAGUUGUAUGAAUUAUUUGGAGGAGCCCAAUUCACUGUCUUUUCUUUUGGAGUCUUACAGUUAACAGAUUUGCCCUAUAUUAUUAACUAUGCUGCAUAACUGCCUCAAAACUUAGGGCCUUUGAUUGUCCCUCUGUUCUGUGGCUUGUGGGGUUCAGCUCGGUGGUUCUUCUUCUGGUCUGUCAUGCGAUCUUUUCCAUAGUGAAAGUCAGAUAACAGCUAGACCAGUCAUUUGGAGGUUCAACCAGGAUGAGGCAGCAGCUGGACCUGACCCCCUCCCCCUGUAGUCUCAGAGCCCCUUUAUGUGGUUUCUCUGAGUGGUCGCUCCAUCAGAGUAGUGAAUUUACUUUUAUAUCAGCCCAGAACUCCCCACAGCAAAUGUUCCAAGAAGAGGAAACAGACCUGCCAGUCCUCUUAAACCCUCAAAAUGAAAUGGGCUCCCCUCCACUCUCACCACAUCCUCUUGGUUAAAGCAAAUCACAGACCAGGUCACCAUCCAUGAAAGAGAGGGCUACCCAGCGUAAGAACUGGAAAGUAUGGUCUGUUCAAGUUCAUCUUUGAAACUAGACACCACAUCAUACUUUCAAAAACCAAAUUAGGUCUUCUAAAAUAAAUAGAUGGAAAAGUAGAUUUGAUACAAAUAAAAAUGAGUUUUUAGAAGUCACAAUAAUACUACAGUAGAUGCUAAGCUCACGAAAGUCAAUCCUUGGGAGUUAGUGGCUUGUUAAAACAGAGGCUGCAGGAAAGAGUUGGAAUAAGGUGUGGAAGGUCAGAGUGUAUGAAAUUUCAGAAGCAAAUAAAGAUCUUUUAGAUUAUAAUGUAGAUCUUAGGACUCUUUAAAACUAUAAAGAAUCUUAGAAAAUCUCAGUCCCAAAGUGACUCUAUUAACAAAAAUCAGACUUUUUUAGAAAGUUUUAAGAACUUCUUUGGUGUAAAAUUAGGUUCCACUUUCAGCAUAAUCUAAAAAUACUUUUAAGCCAUUCAAAAGCUUCUAAGAAUUUAGUGAAACUUGAAAACAAAACAAAAUGAAAACAUCCAUUUAAUCCUUUUGUAGGAAACAUCUAAAAAGAAAAAAAUAGGGAAACACCACUCAAAUUUAACAUUUGGCACAUUCAGUCCAGUCACUAAAAAACCUGCUGGAAUAAGGGACAAAUGCUCAUGUUCUCGUGACAACAAAAGGCACCUAGGUCAUCCCUGGGCAUCUCUGCUCCCACUUUCAAGUUGUCUCUGGUCAGUGAGAAUCAUGUUUCCUGCAAAGGAAUGCACAAGUUGCUUGACCAGCCAGUCUUGAAAAAGUAGGAUCUCAGAGAGGAGAAACGAGUCCAACCCAGCCAUCAUAUCCUCACACAUGAAGAUUUCUCUGGAAGACAGCGGGGGCCUAAGCAUGUCUUGGUCACUCUGGGCUGUGACUUGAUUGGACAAUGCCCCCUCUCUUGGCUCUCUGCACUGCGAGCUCCAUCAGGGUAUGGACCUCGUCUCCCCACUGUGGCACCACCACUUCCUAGCACAACAUCUGGCACAGAGUUUAUCAUUAAAUAUUUGUUGAAUUCA